AUGGGAUAGAGUGCAAAUUGUUGUAAAUAGUAAACUGAUAGACUCUCUGAAAGUUUUUCUGAACAAAACAAUACUGAUUAUUUUGGCCCUCAAUAUGCCACUUGUUAUUUUAUAAACACAAAAUUCAUUUCUCAUUUUGAGAUAAACAAAGGAAUAACAGAAGAAUAACCAAAAGGAUAACAAGCUGCAUCUUCAACUAAUCACACUGAUCAAGAAAUUGUUUAGAGCUCGUUACAAAAAAACGAGAAAGUAUAAACUAAUUCCAAUAAUAUAUUUGGUUCCUUACUUGAUUUUGAUUCUAACAAUAUGAACUCAUCAUAUGAAAAUUCAAUAAAUGCUAAUAGAAGUAUACUUAAGAAAAAAGCGAAAAACACUUCUAAACAAACUAAAACUGUGAAAUUUAAGAAUGUGGAUUCUUCGAUCCCUUUCAGUAUCACUUAACAAAAGUAAUUGGGAGAAUUAUUGAAGAGAAAAUAAAAAUGA